CUGCUGUCAAAAUCAACAAAACUCGCAAUCGAAUCAAAACAAAAUCUUCGCUUAUCAUGAAACAACAUUGAAUUUUCUAUAAAAUUACGAUAAAUUCUGAAAAUGGUGCCAGUGGAAAAAAGUGCCAAUGAAGGAUCUAGUCACAAGCAGAAGAAAUCCAAAGAAAAAUCUCAAAACGGCAACGAUAAACCCAAGAAUGUGCUUCAACGUGGUGGCGGCAACCACUCGAACAACAAUAACAACGGCAAAAAGCAGGCCCGGCUGUGCCCAGGGCGCGAUACGUACGAGCGGAUGAAUUUCCUGUACCAGGCUUCGGCGCUGAUGGCCGACUCCGUGCCGGCACUGUCCGGCAGCUACGGGAAGCUGAUGAAGUCCAUUGGGAAGAAGGCCACACUGCGGAUCGAACCUGCCAUUAAGCGAACACUAUGCGUUAGAUGCGGAGUCACUCUAAUGCCUGCCACGACUGCCGAAUACCGAGAAACUUCCCAGGGCAAUCUAAACUUCGUGGAAGUAACGUGCAACGUUUGCCACUUUAGGAAGCGAUACCGAAACUGGAAAGGCCACAAAAUCCAUUUGGAUGAUCCGAAAUCCGUGGUGGAGACUUUAUCUUUCGAAAACAAGACUGAAUAAACUAAAAUUCUUUUUUUUAUAAAAAUAUACUCCUUUUAUUUCAAUCUCAAUAAUUUACACGAUGAAUACAGAGUGUCGCAUACUCAAACCUUUACAGUAGGAUAAACAUUAUGGCACUUUUCUCCUAUAAUUACACUUUUCUGGUCACCAUUCAACGCAAAUAUUUAUAACUGAGUGAGUAACAAUCACUUGAAAUAAAUUCCUUCUAAACAAUUUUAGAACUAACCAUCUAACGAUACAACUUAUAGCAACACAUGAUAAGAGCACUCUAUCUUCUAGGCAUUAUUAUCGUAGCCAGAGCAGGUAAUAAGAUUGCUUUCUUUUCUACGGUUUUUUUUUUCUUCAGAAUAUCCCUACUAUACAUAAGCACUUAAAAGAACGCCUUGCGUUAGGAUUUGCACGGCUAAGAACCUGGUCGUUUCCCGAGAAGCGGCCCUUUGGCAAGGAAUGUGUAGGUGUGUUUGUCUGUGAAACGAAUUGCCUAUAUACUAAGCUGAAAUUUUUUCCCUGAUCGAAUGCCAUUUCUCUGGAAACGAGCAGUGUUCUUCCGACUCUCUUCUCUGGUCGUCUAAUUCUCGCGAGAUUAGUACACAUGGUUUGGAUGACGUCACUAUCUUUCUACAUCUGCUUAUUAUGCUUUUGAUUUUUUUUCUAAUGUUUUAGUAUCUUCAGUCUUUAGCUUUACAUAUAGAACAUAAAUUCAAAUUAACACAAUUCGUUUUGCUGAUGCUUACUACUAACAAUACAACUAGGCGCAUUAAGCUUAAAUUUACGUCGAACAAAACAAUAUGAACAAUAUUAUGUACCUACAGAUGUAAUUCUUAGAAAUUUUGAACAUUUCCGCAAUCCUUUGUGUGGUGUGGAAAUUUUCGAAACUUUCUAUCGUCCGUAUGUGCUGCAUAUCUUAACAGUGGCUCUUUGAGCAGCCGUGAGAAUCAACUAAUUAGAACAUUAAAUAUUAAGAUACAUUAACGUUAUCAUCAGGCAAGACUUAAAUAG